UUUAAACAAGUAAUAAUGUAAGUCAGAUUUUUUGCACUUGUCUUUAUCAUAGGGAUUUGUGACAUUUAGCCCCUGAAAAUCGCCAAGGAAGAGUUACUAUAUAUUACGGUGGGGAGACUUUGUACCAUAAAAACAUGUAGGACUGCAAUUUUGCACGUAAAAUUUUUAAACGGGGAUUCGGCUUCUGAUCAACGACGUGAUAACAUUUGUUUGAAAUUGCUUGCAAGAUUUUAGUUGAGCUUUGAGCCAUGAAUACCAAUUUGGGACUGCUACUCUGCAGACGCUUCGUAACGAAAGUAAAAACAGUCGACCCUCAAGAAAUUAAAAAUUUUGCUGACAUGGCCAACGACUGGUGGAAUUUGUCUGGAAUGUGUGGGCCUCUUCAUACACUAAAUAAUUGUAGAAUACCCUGGAUUCAACACCGAUUGAUCGAUUCUGGUGUCAUCCAACCACAUGCAAAUCCAUCUGCUCCUCUUACAGGACUUUCCAUUCUAGAUGUGGGUUGUGGCGGUGGAAUUUUAAGCGAAGGUCUAAGUCGCCUAGGGUGCAACGUUACUGGUUUAGAUGCCGGCGAAGACGUCAUUGAAAUCGCAAAAUUGCAUGCCGAAAGUCAAAAUCUACCAAAUUUGCGAUACCUCAACGCAACUAUACAAGAUCAUGCCGCUGCGAAUAAGGAGAAGUACGAUGUUGUCGUGAGUUCUGAAGUUCUUGAACAUGUUACUGAGAAGGAAGACUUUGUCAAGCAUUGCGUGGGAUGCGUUAAACCAGGGGGUUCUAUUUUAAUGACAACUCCUAACAAAACUUGGCUGUCGUGGUUCCAUAUGAUUAUUGUGUUUGAACACGUUUUCAGAAUUUUGCCGAAAGGAACACAUAGAUACGAAAUGUUCAUUCACAUUGACGAAUUGAAGGAGAUUUUAAAGAAAGAGAAUUGUGAAACUGUUCAUACUUCGGGAAUUUUAUAUUGCCCAGUUAACAAUAGGUGGUACAUGAAUAAGAAUGAAAAUCCUACUUACCUUAUACAUGUUGUAAAACGACCAUAAACAUUUUAGUUAUUUUCAAUAUAUGGGGCGGGGCGUCCCAGUAUCAUUUGGUGGCUAGGGACGAAGAUUUAUAUUUGCGUGGCAAUGGUUUGGCUUUUAUAUAUACACCAUUUAUUAAUUUUGUUUUUACUUGCCAACGUAAUAAAAAAGAAGAAAAUUUCUCUUCACAAAAUUUUUCCUGGUGUAAUAUGAACUCCUUUAGCGGAUUAACUUAAACUUCGAACAAUAAAUAUACUAUUUGAAACCAUCAAAUAUUUUUAACAAUUUAACCAUUAUUAUGAUUAAUUAAGUAAAUUAGCUUUUACUGCAAUAAGUAACAUUAGUUAUUUUGUCAAUAACCUUAUUGAUAACAUUUUUAUGGCCAGUGCGUUUUGCAUUUCACCUAAAUUUUGCAGCAGAUUGCACACUACCAAAUAUGUACAACUUGGUUAAUAUAAGAAGGCCAAAAUAAAAAAUACAAAAUAUGGAAUAAAAUGUAAAAACAACACGAAAACUCCUAUAAAUAUUUAAUUAAAAUUAGAAUCACAUUCUUAAUAUUUUCCUUGUAUACAUCUACACUGCUACACUCCUAAAGUGAGUUUUAAUUUUACUGUCACGUUGGCGUGCAGGUUAGCAUUACUUUUGCUGUGUUUCCUGAAUCCAUUCAUUCAUUUGUAUUACUGGAAAGUACGAAAAUUUAUUCUAUGCUUUGGAAUUGUAAUCGUGAUUGGAUUUUAGCUGAUAUUUUAAAAAAAGUACUGUUCUUACAAACUGAGAUUCCUUGUUUUAGUUUUCCUUUUUAGUUCGUUUUAGUUCAAGUUAAUUAAAAUCUGCAGUAAAUACGAGGUGCCUGAAAAUAGUGAAACCCAUAGUGGAUGCAUUUUCGCACAUUGUCUUGGAGUCUCUUGAAUUGUUUGAGUGUACCUAUUUUAAAUUUGUAUGUAAAAAAUACAAGUGUUAAGAAGACAUUUUUGUAUAUU